UAAAAUGCUUGCUCGUCCUGCAGAGAUUUUUCAUAGAACGUGGGAAGAUUAUCUUAAAAAUUAGCUAGUUACUAUCAUUUUUAUUAUAUACUUUUUUUUUGCAUCGAUGAUAUUCGUAACUAAUUUGACUAAUUGUAAUAGUUGAUACUUGUUUUAUUAACAGUUUAUUAAAAUAUUGUGUUUUGGUUUUUGCAAAAUGCAUUCUGUAGUUCAUUAUCAAAAUAAUAAUUUUGUGCCAAAUUUAUAUGUAUUUUUAAUAAUUUUUAAAACUUAUAAGUAUAGUAUCAUAUUUCAUAAGCACUUUUUUUUUUUUGUAAAGGAGUAAAAUAUUUUGGCAAAAACUAUGCAUAUGUUGAAAUUUUUUAAGUAAAAGUUGAACUAAAUUAGAUUUGCCUAAAAUAUUUAGAAAUAUACGAACAAACACGUAGCAUAUAAUGUGGGCACACCAAAUCAUAUCCCUAUGCUUUUGCUGGCACCUACUUUCUUUAGUCCAUACAACAUUGAGAAGUAGAUCGAUUCACCAAAAAGAGAGAGAGAUAGAAUAUAGACGAAGGUAGGUUAGUCAUUCUGAAAACAUGGUGUGUGUUGGAGCUCCUAACUUUACUGCUGCUCUAUUGGUUGUUUAUAAAAGGCCAUCAUUGCGGUGUAUUCUGCAACCGAAAAAGCACCUCGCAUUUUCACCUAGGAUGAUGAAUUUGCAAUCUAAUGCUUCAGAUGAGGUUGAAGGUUCACCAUGGGACCAUAAAGGGUUAUUGCAGAGCAAAGAAUUAUAUCAGUAUGUCCUGGAGACUAGUGUUUACCCUCGAGAGCCAGCACUGCUCAAAGAGAUCAGGGCAAUAACAGAAAAUCACCCUAAUUUUUAUAUGGGUGCAACACCUGAUUCUGGUCAACUGAUAGCUAUGCUGUUGAAUUUGAUGAACGCCAAAAACACUAUUGAACUCGGAGUCUUCACUGGAUAUUCACUACUUCUCACUGCUCUUCAAAUUCCUGAUGAUGGCAAGAUCCUAGCAAUUGACCCUGAUCGACAGUCUUAUGAAAUGGGCUUGCCAGUCAUUCAAAAAGCCGGGGUAGAGCAUAAAAUCGAUUUCAAAAGCUCCCCCGCUUUACCUGUUCUUGACAAACUUCUGGAAGACAAAAAAAACAAAGGUAGUUUCGAUUUUGCAUUUGUGGACGCAGAUAAAACAAGUUAUGGAAUUUAUCAUGAGAGACUAAUGCAGCUGGUGAAAGUUGGAGGUCUGAUAGUAUAUGAUAACACACUCUGAUACCCGCAUUCAAAUUUCUCAAGUUACGGUGGGAGAUGGAAUGACCAUCUGCAGGCGACUUUUUUGAUGAAAACAGGUACAAGUCUUAGUUGAAAUGUUAAAGUAAAAGAGGGCACUUUAAGAGGUCGUUUAUGUACUUGGGUUAUCCAAAAGCAAAUACCCCCAUAUAAUGCAUACAAAAAUAAAUAUACGAAAUUACUUUUGCAAGAAGCGUUACUCUAAAUAGGACUACUACUACACUUAGCUAGAGCUUUGGGAAUUACUAUAUGGUCCUAGAGACCCAUGUUAUAUUAGUCUACUAUAUGGUGCUGGAGACCCACAUUAUAUCUUGUAAUGACCUUGUUUAGUCUACUAUUUGGGAAUUACUAUAUGGUCGUAGAAACCCAUAUUAUAUCUAGUAAUGACCCUGUUUAGUCUACUAUAUGGUGCUGGAGACCCACAUUAUAUCUUGUAAUGACCUUGUUUAGUCUACUAUCUUUACUCCAA